AUGAAGCUCACUGCUGUUCUUGCCGCCUGCACUUCCGCGCUCGCUUCUGCGAGGCCCCAGUAUGGUGCCGCAACUCCAGAUCCACACGCUUGGAUGCCUGCCUCCACAAACGACUUCCGCGGCCCAUGCCCGAUGCUCAACACUCUAGCAAAUCACGGUUUCCUUCCUCGCGAUGGCCGCAACUUCACCAAGGAGAACGUCGUUAAGGGCCUGAAGGACGGCUUGAACUUUAAUGGUUCACUUGGCGCACUCAUGUGGCAGCAAGCCAUCAUCGCAAACCCUGAACCAAACGCUACGUUCUUCACUCUAGAGCAGCUCAACGUCCACAAUGUUCUUGAGCACGAUGCCAGUCUUACCCGUACUGAUGCUGCCUUCGGUAACAACCAUGUCUUCAAUGAGACUGUAUACAACACAUCAAGAAAGUGGUGGACAGAUGAGACCGUAACACCUGAAAUGCUGGCCAACUCCAAGAUAUUUCGCCAGUUGGAGAGCCGUGCAACCAACCCAAACUACACCUUUACUGCUUCCACCGAGGAGUUUAGUUUGGGUGAAGUCUCGGCACCUAUCAUUGCCUUUGGCAGAUUAGAAGACGGUACCGUCAACCGCACGUUGAUGGAGUACUUCUUCGAGAACGAGCGUCUUCCUUUUGAGUUGGGCUGGACUCAGAAGACGGACGAGAUCACCCUCAUGAAGAUCAUGGCUACUACAGACAUCAUUCGCAACGCGACGAGUCUACUUACUGGUGGCGAAACCGCUGAGGAUUCUCCUCAUGGCAAACGCGAUCUCCAUGGUGGAAUGUUCUAG